AUAUAUGAUCUACCCCGCUGGCCAAUCUUUCUGCGCCCGUCUCUCUUCGUCUCUGUUGCUCGUUAGGACCGUAACUGUAAGAUUCGUAUUGGGGUAACUAGUUGGCGGGUUGUCCUGAUAUUUCGAGGUUGUUACCUCAACACAACCGGCUGAAGCGGUUGAAGCGACCAAGCCUGUGACGAUCUCCAUUGCUCGCAUGCCCAAUCGCAGUUCAUAAACCUAUACACAGGAGGACCGACCGAAACGUAAAACGGCGGCAACAAUGGACAAGUUCGACCCGUCGAUGAUCCCCCCGGGGAUGGACCAGCAGGACAUUGACAACCUGAUCGCCAACUACUACUAUUCCUGCAAGGAGGUGACGGCUUACUGUCCCGUCGAGGCCACCACGCUCGGGUACUACCCCAACCGAGGCAUCAACAUCUUCUUCGCCAUUGGCUUUGCCCUGGCGAUGAUUGUCACGUUAGUACUGGGCGUGUGGAAGAAGACGUGGAGCUACAUGGCGUUCAUUGCAGCAGGGUGCGCCCUGGAGUUUGCAGGCUACGCCGCGCGCAUCCCCCUCACCGACAACCCCUGGAACAAGAACGCCUUCGAGACGCAGAUCGUCGCCAUCAUCCUGGCGCCGACGCUCAUCUGCAUCUCCAUCUACCUCACGCUGAAGCACGUCUGCCUGUCGCUUAACCCGGCCCUGUCCCGCGUCCGCCCGCACCUAUACCCCUUCAUCUUCGUCCCGCUCGACGUGUCCUGCCUCUGUGUGCAGGCCAUCGGCGGGUCGCUGGCGGCCAGCGGCGCCAAGGUCAACCUCGACAUGGUCAACCACGGCAACCGGUGUAUCAUUGCCGGGAUCGUGCUGCAGGUGGUGGUGCUGCUGUUCUUCGGGACCUCGGCGGGCGAUUACUUUCUCAGGGUCAAGAAGUGGAUCAAGUCGGACGGGGCAGACCCUGAGGCAGUGGCGCUGUGGCAUGACAAGCGGUUCAGGAUGUUUAUGUACGCUGUAGCUGGGGCGUACAGUGGCAUCUUGAUUCGGUGUAUUUACAGGAUUGCGGAAAUGGCCGGUGGAUGGGGAAACCCUAUCAUGCAGGACGAGCCAUCUUUCAUUGUACUGGAGGGAUUCAUGGUCCUUAUUCCAUGCCUUCUUUUGGCUUUCUUCUCGCCCGGCAUACUGUUUCCUCAAAUGGCCGCCCGCAUGUCUGGCCCUGGCCGGAUAGGGCCGGGUCACAAGGAUGGCAAUAAGAGUAAUCCAGAAAAGCAAUCCCAGCCUGAGGGCCAUGAAGGUCGGCAACAUGUUGCAAGCGGAGAUGAGUCGCCGCCCAGCGAAAUCCAUGCAAAGGAGACGCCAACGUCAGCAUCCCCAGCAAUUUAAUUCAAGAAUUAGAAGGAGGGGUGAAAAGGAAGCGUGAUGGUUGAUUCCCUGGGCUAUUGGGCCUAGAGAGGCGUAGGUGCUUGGGAGGAAAUCGGAGCUAAAGCUAGUCGAGUCCUCCAUUUUCCUGGACAGCAUACCCAACUCAACCAUU